UGGGUGGGAGACAGAGAAUGUAGUCCUCUGGCUGCUGACGCCUGGCCUGGCCUAGAAAGGGACACUGCCUCUGGACAGCCCUGUUGGGAAGUCUUGUGGGCAUGGAAUGGCAGCCAGAUUGUGAGGAUUGUGCUUGCACCUCCUGCACCACCACCACCCCCUAUCCAAGGAUAUGCCUUCAAGCCUCCGCCGCGGCCGGACUUUGGGACCUCCGGAAGAACAAUCAAACUACAGGCCAACUUCUUUGAAAUGGACAUCCCCAAAAUUGACAUCUACCACUAUGAAUUGGAUAUCAAGCCUGAGAAGUGCCCAAGGAGGGUUAACAGGGAAAUAGUGGAACAUAUGGUACAGCACUUUAAAACACAGAUCUUCGGGGAUCGGAAACCAGUGUUUGAUGGAAGAAAAAAUCUUUACACAGCUAUGCCCCUUCCAAUCGGGAGGGAUAAGGUGGAGCUGGAGGUCACGCUACCAGGAGAAGGCAAAGACCGCAUCUUCAAGGUAUCCAUCAAGUGGGUGUCCUGCGUGAGCUUACAGGCAUUACAUGAUGCACUUUCGGGGAGGCUGCCCAGUGUCCCUUUCGAGACGAUUCAGGCCCUGGAUGUGGUCAUGAGGCAUUUGCCAUCCAUGAGGUACACCCCUGUGGGCCGUUCCUUCUUCACUGCAUCCGAGGGCUGCUCCAACCCUCUUGGUGGGGGCCGAGAAGUGUGGUUUGGCUUCCAUCAGUCCGUCCGACCUUCUCUUUGGAAAAUGAUGCUGAAUAUUGAUGUGUCAGCAACAGCUUUUUAUAAGGCACAGCCAGUGAUCGAGUUUGUUUGUGAAGUUUUGGAUUUUAAAAGUAUUGAAGAACAACAAAAACCUCUGACAGAUUCCCAAAGGGUAAAGUUUACCAAAGAAAUUAAAGGUCUAAAGGUGGAGAUAACGCACUGUGGGCAGAUGAAGAGGAAGUACCGUGUUUGCAAUGUGACCCGGCGGCCCGCCAGUCAUCAAACGUUCCCGCUGCAGCAGGAGAGUGGGCAGACAGUGGAGUGCACGGUGGCCCAGUACUUCAAGGACAGGCACAAGCUGGUUCUGCGCUAUCCCCACCUCCCAUGUUUACAAGUUGGACAGGAACAGAAACACACCUACCUUCCCUUGGAGGUCUGUAACAUAGUGGCAGGACAGAGAUGUAUAAAAAAGUUAACGGACAAUCAGACCUCAACCAUGAUCAGAGCAACUGCAAGGUCGGCACCUGAUCGGCAAGAAGAGAUCAGCAAAUUGAUGAGAAGUGCAAGUUUUAAUACAGACCCAUAUGUUCGUGAAUUUGGAAUCAUGGUGAAAGACGAAAUGACAGAUGUGACUGGGCGGGUCCUACAGCCACCCUCUAUCCUGUACGGGGGCAGAAACAAAGCAAUCGCCACCCCUGUUCAAGGUGUCUGGGACAUGAGGAACAAGCAGUUCCACACAGGCAUCGAGAUCAAGGUGUGGGCCAUCGCAUGCUUCGCACCACAGCGCCAGUGCACGGAAGUCCAUCUGAAGUCAUUCACGGAGCAGCUCAGGAAGAUCUCAAGAGACGCAGGCAUGCCAAUUCAGGGCCAGCCAUGCUUCUGUAAAUACGCCCAGGGAGCGGACAGUGUAGAGCCCAUGUUCCGGCAUUUGAAAAACACAUAUGCUGGCCUCCAGCUGGUGGUGGUCAUCCUGCCUGGCAAAACCCCAGUUUAUGCUGAGGUCAAGCGUGUGGGAGACACGGUGCUGGGGAUGGCCACACAGUGUGUACAGAUGAAGAAUGUACAGAGAACCACGCCACAGACUCUGUCCAACCUUUGCUUGAAGAUCAAUGUCAAACUGGGAGGUGUCAACAACAUCCUGCUGCCCCAGGGCAGGCCUCCUGUAUUCCAGCAGCCCGUCAUCUUUUUGGGAGCAGAUGUCACUCACCCACCUGCCGGGGAUGGGAAGAAGCCUUCUAUUGCCGCAGUCGUGGGCAGCAUGGAUGCACACCCCAACCGCUACUGCGCCACUGUGCGUGUGCAGCAGCACCGGCAGGAGAUCAUUCAGGACCUGGCUGCCAUGGUGCGUGAGCUUCUCAUCCAGUUCUACAAGUCCACACGCUUCAAGCCCACCCGCAUCAUCUUCUACCGCGACGGUGUCUCCGAAGGCCAGUUUCAGCAGGUCCUGCACCAUGAGCUGCUGGCCAUCCGUGAGGCUUGCAUUAAGCUGGAGAAGGACUACCAGCCAGGGAUCACGUUCAUCGUGGUGCAGAAGAGGCACCACACUCGGCUCUUCUGCACUGACAAAAACGAGCGGGUUGGGAAGAGUGGGAACAUUCCAGCAGGCACAACAGUGGACACGAAAAUCACCCACCCGACAGAGUUUGACUUCUACCUGUGUAGUCACGCCGGCAUCCAGGGGACGAGCAGGCCUUCUCACUACCAUGUCCUUUGGGAUGACAAUCGUUUCUCUUCCGAUGAGCUGCAGAUUCUAACCUACCAGUUGUGUCACACCUAUGUGCGCUGUACACGCUCUGUGUCCAUUCCUGCGCCAGCCUACUACGCUCACCUGGUGGCCUUCCGAGCCAGGUACCACCUAGUGGAUAAGGAACAUGACAGUGCUGAGGGAAGCCAUACCUCUGGGCAGAGCAACGGGCGAGACCACCAAGCGUUGGCCAAGGCGGUCCAGGUCCAUCAGGACACACUGCGCACCAUGUACUUUGCUUGACAUGUUCUAGUGUUUAGCGAUUGUGCACACCAAGUUGGAUUCACAUGAGACCAGCUACACUCAGACCAACAGAUGCCCAGCCCUUCCGUGACAGCCAGCAUCAAACAUGAGAUGUCAUUGAUUUUAUUAGAUUCUCCAUUCUCCAGAAUGCCUUCCGUCCCAGAUUUCAAACUUGGAUUUUGAACUGCAGACCUGUAUGAGACCCCACUGUCGCAGGAAAUAUGGUUUGCCAAAAUCUAUAAGCUGCUUAUUAGAGUCCCAUGUUUCCUAAAAAUUUCCUAAAACCAGUCUAUGAACUCAGGGCUUUAAAACAUUUUUAAUUUAUUUGGUCAUUCAAUUUACUUGUUUUUAAUGCAUGAUUCUCUAUGAAAUUGAUGGGCUCAAACUAGCUGUGAAUGUUCUCUGAGAGAGAAAGCAACACCAAACAUGAUUGCGGUUUUAAAGCCUUGACCAUUCUGAUGUUGUCACUGAUGUUGGUUCCUGUGAUGCUGUGUGCCCCUGGCAUGGCUGCACAAGCUCCACGGGCCCGAGGCCAGGUUGGCCAUGCGAGGCAGCCACGGGCAUCUCUUACACGUCACUGCCUGCCUCACAUGGCCUCAGCAAAGGAGCAGUGGCAGGUGGGCCACGUGUUUACAGCAGUGACAGGUCCAGAGAUUGGCAGACAAGUGCCAUUUUAACAAAAAUUUAUUUAAAAGAGAAGUUAAGACAAUAUACCGACAGUCUAAUCAUAAGAUUUGUCCUAUAGGACUGUGACAUUUAUUUUCCAAAGUUUCUAAAGAAUACGGGUCUGUGGUGAUAAAUACCGUACAAUCCUUUUUCACUGUUAUGUCUUUAAUGUAAGAGAAAAAUAUAUAUAUCUGGUUUGCAGUAUUAAUGUGAUAGAUAGAUGCUGUUUUCCUUUUGUUGACUACGGGGUGCUUCAUGUGACCUAUUUCGCAUAUCAGGAGUGUUUGGAGCCUGGAGAUGGGCCCCUUCUUGUGGCUCUUAGUGCUUAAGUACAGAGUAUGCAACUGACUUCAUGUGACAGCGAUCCUACCCCCUGUGUGGACUCUGUAGCCUAUACCUCCAGGAGGGACAGGGUGCCCACCAGUCACUCAUCGCCCUCCUGCCACCUUGGUCCCAUGUAUCACUCAGCUGAUGAAGCACAAAUGGAGUUUACUCUUCCAUCGCUGGGAAACAAGUUCCUGUGUUGGAGUGCACUUCUCUCGGUGUGCGGUUUUGGUGGGCAAGCUUCAUAGGAUCUAUGCACUGAAACCAAGAGAGCUGCCAGUCACCUUUUGCUGGCUGAGAGGCUCAAGCGAGCAACAGAGGGCAGAGACUACUUGGUUAGGAUUUGCAUUUGGGGCCCCAGAUGGGGUUUACCAGUCUAGAAACCAUUGCACUAAGAGUGACACCGUGGACAAUGUUAAAAGAUAACAGCAGACAUUGCUGUUUGUGCUGACUGAGCUUUUGGUCCUUGAAUACAAUUUGAGUAAGAAUCAGAUCCAUGUUCCAUGUAGAAGUUCAAGGAAGGAAAAGAGCCUUCCCCUGUGCUGCUUUGUGCUCUAUAGGUUUCCUCUUUCCCUGCUGAUGUCCUUUCCCCAUCCCUGCGUGACAUUACCUCUGGCACUGCGAUAGAGUGAGGGUCCCAAUGGUGGUGUCUAAGGCUAGAUAGGCACCCACCUUAGUCCACCUGUCUCUGUCAUUUAUUUGCCUUUAAGGUGGUGGGGAGGCCCAUGAGUCCCUGGCCUGGUGGUCCCAUCAUUGGGCCUGGACUGGCGAUAGUGACAAGGGGUAGCUGUGAUCUGUGAAGAUGUGUACUCAGAGUGGGGUGUGUGUCUGUGUGUGCAUGUGAAUGUCUAACUACAUUAGUCUCUUCUUGCUGUAUCUUUUUUCCUACUCUUUUUAAGUGACAGAAGCGCCCCCCUCCCCCACUCUCAGAAGCACUGCAGCUGCCUGUUGUCUUUUUGGCAAAUGGCACUUUCUCCUGUUUCCAGAAGGGCACAAAUAUACUGAGCUUAGCUCACCCAGCACAUUCAAGCUGAAGAGGGGACUCUUCUGACUAGUCAAUUUUUAGAAUCUGAAAUUAGGUUAGUUUCAACCAUUCUUAGAGCCAUCUGGAACCAUGUGUCUCCACCCCCAAUAGGAUCUCAGUCUUUGUAGGGCUUGUCAAAUGCAAAUUCCUGGGCCUCUGGGCAUCUGCAUUUUAAUCCAGCACUUGCAGCUCUGGGGUGGCUCUGGAGGCUUUCUGAGGAUAUCCCCCUGGGGUGCCAAGGAGCCAGCAGGAGAACCUCAGCAAAGCAAGGAGGCAUUGUGUGAGCUAAGGCCUAAGGAAGAGUGCAAGCUGACAAAAAAUUAGACCUAUACGGAUUUUUUUUUUCCCCAUUUUGAAGUAUACGUUUUCUUUAUAGUGGGCCAAAGUACUUUAAGAAGGGUACUUUUUAUAGCCCUAUGCUUGUUUUAUAUCUUUUAAUACUAAAAACAUUAACAGACCAAAUGUCUCCGCUUGAGUUAGCUACAUACCUUUGUACACCAUCUGAUGAUUCACUUUAAAUGGCUGUAGUUACAGUUUCUCAGGUAAAUAAUUGUUUUCCCAAAUUUCUACCAAUGCCUCCAUUAUUAGCAUAAGUUUUAAGACAGUGCAGAACCUCAGAGUAUAGUAAGAUAAAUCCUAGCCCUGUUCACAGAAGCCACAAGGGCAUUUGCCCCUCCUCGUGUGGCUUGUGUUCCCCAGUGGCUCCUUCCUGCUGGGCCUCCCACAGGGGCUGCCUGUUCAGGAUUGAGAGUUGCCCACUUGCUGGCUUUGUCCCCACCCCGCUGUUAAGUAAGGUGUGCCUUGCUUUAAGCAAACUGAAUGUGAAAAUUAUGAUGUAGAAAUCUGGAUUUGUUUAAAAGGAAAGCUGGAGUUUAUCUCUUUAAAAGAGAUCUCCCAAUUAGAUUUCCAUAAUGGGACUCUUCCUGGUAUAUUUGACAAUACUCACUUUUUAAAAACAUUAAUGAGCUCUCAUACCUUUACCACUUACACUCAGCAGUUCUCCCUGGGAGAACCAAAAAGUGCAAGCUCAGGAGCCACAGUAGUUCCUGUCACUUGCAUAUCAUAAGCUUAUUUUCCUUUUUCAGAUAAAUUUUGUAAAACUGAGUUACUUGUACUUGUAGAAAGGGAUAUUUUGGAUUUGCCUUUGCUUUCUGGUUCUGAGAAAGAAGUCUGCACACACACUGUUGAUACUCCACUUUAGGGUCCGCUUGGUCUCCUGAGGUCAUGUUGACCCUGGCUGUGGCCUCCCACUCCCUUUCCAAAGGCCCCCGCUGCCGGCCGUUGUGCUGACUUGCCCCAGAAGGACACUGUUGCAGGUGGGGAGUGAGCUUCAAGCUCCUCUCAGCUGGCCUAAACACUGCCUGCUAUUCCUAAUGUUCACCCCCAUUACCGAAUGGCCCCUAGAGAGUUUCAGUCCCUGCAUUUUAUUGUUAUGUGUUAUUUUUAUUGUUAAAUGCAAAUGUUGCUAUUUAUUUUCUCCUUUCCACUCUGGUUUGAUUUGGCUGACGUGGAUAUUCCAGUGCAUGUGGUACCUGAUGGAUAUGGUAGGAAUUAUUUUACCCAACUUUUAUAAAUGACCUAAUGUUUACCUUCAAGUUUACUGGAUGAUUUAUUUUUGAAAGCCACAAAUGUAAUUUUUCUGGAUGAAUUGUUUUUCUUAUAUAUGCAGCAGCAAUGUGCUUUUACAUUGAUCUGCAGGGUGAUUUAAAUUUUAUUUUUACAAGGCAGUUUUUCAGCCAAAUUAUAUAUUUGAUAUAAUAUGUCAAGGAUAGACCAGCACGCCUCACACAGCUGGGACACCAGAGUGUCUCCAGGAGGCUUCGGGGAUGGGACAGCCUCUCCUGGUUGCUCAUGGUCACUUAGCACUUGGCUUGUCGCGGAGCCUUCAGGAACUGGAUGUAGUCCAUCAGCGCGGCUUUGAUCUGUUGGACAAUUACAAGGAUUUUUUUCAUGGGCAUUUUUCUGUACCUAAGGCAGUUCCAUUAGGAGGCGCUUUAGACAUUGACCUAAUCCAGACAAUGGACAAUCCUGGUGGCCCAGACAAGCCAUAAGAAACUUUUCUGUGACCUCUUUUGACUCAUCUCUCACGCUCAUGAGAAAAGGAAUGUACAAUAGUAGAAACAAAUACUUCCUCAGUGUUCAUGCGCCUCACUUGCAGAAUGCAAACAUUUUAUUUAUAUUUUAAGCCCUUCCCCAAAAUAACAGAACAUUCUCUCCAGCUGUCAUGCCAGCAGUCUCGCUGCUGUAAUGUGUUUUGAUGUAGACACAGUGUACGUGUGACUCUGUCAUGGGAUGUCCCUGUUACACGCAUGCUUGACUUUUGUAAGGAAAAAUUUUCAACUCGAAAUAAUUGCACUGAUUUUUUGACAACUUGUUUUAUUAUGUCCAACUUUGCAUCUGCUGUACUUAAAUGAUUGUAAAUAGAUUCACAGUAGCAGAAUGAUGUGAAUACAGGACGCUGCUUAGCUUCAGUGACACCGCCAUGUAUUUCAAUAUUACAUGUUAGAGUUGUGCAGACCUGCUUUUGUUCUGCUCUUUAGCCUCGUGUCUGGACCAUUCAUGAAGGACAAAGUAGACUCAUUUUCUUGUUUUUCUGACAGUAAGUUUUCCAUCUGUUUGAAAGAGACUGUGCUCUUCCUUGAUUUGAAUAUAAGAGGAUUACUUGUAAAUCUUUUGGACUUCUUGGUCUUGUUCAAUCCCUUCUUACUUGCCAUUGCUCCUGAAAGCAUUUCCCUUUAGUCCCAUCCAGCUUUUGACAUUGCAGAUAGGUAGCAUCUGCAUGACCCAUAUAAAUAGGCUAUAGGGUGGUCUCCCUUAUGUCCCUUUGGCCAGUGUCAAUUUAAAGCCAUGAGGUCAAUUGUCAUUGUAGCUGUACCUGUAGAUGCCAGAGAGACCUGAUCUGAAGCCUAGUGCUAGCCCCUACACCAUGAUUCUGCUGGAUUUGAAGUACCUGCUCUAGCCCCCAUUGUAACUGGUUAGGCAAUGUGGUGUCAGGUAUAGAAGGGGCCAUGAGCUCUGUGUAUGAAUGUCACAUCAGUCCCAUCGUGGUCCCUCACUUCGCUUCUCUGCAUAUGUUUUGCCAUUUUAUUGUCUCAAGUGAAUGUAUUGGCUUAGCCAAAUCACUACAGAAGGUGGUUUCUAAAUACCUUGUUGUUAAACAAACACAGAUAAAAGCUACCUCUGAAUUCUCAAUAGAUAGAUUCAUGUUUGCUCAUAAGUGUAGCUAUCCACACUGAAAGUAGCCAAAAUGUUGCCUGAAUAAACUGAAUUGUGAACAUCUCUCUGUUCAGUUCUGGCUUGAAAAUGUGUGCCAUACUGUGACGUGGGGGCAGCCCCCUCCUUCUCUGCUGUGUCAGUGGACCAGGGAUGACUCAGUACUGUCCAGCUGAGAUUCCAGCAUUGUGAGAGGCCAGCAUGAAUAGAACCAAGAGCUUCUCUGCACGGGCAGCGUGCCAUCCCUUGGCUGGCAAGAGCGUCUCUGUGCAGGACCACAUGUGUGGCAGAGCCUUGAAAUAGCCUGCAUCCCUGCUUUUGAUUCCGUUUAAUGUAAGAAAGCACUUUUUCCCCCUGCUUACUUCUGAAUGGGUUGAAAAUUGUUUCCUGGCUCUCAUUUCCCUUUUUAUACACUAGAAAAUCACCAAGGUGCUUCAACACCAAUUCUUGUGCAAAUAAUACAUUUAAAAUAGUUGCAUGAUUUCAAAGGCUUUGGGACCCUUGAGUUACUGCCACUCCCUACUUUAAAAUGAGCUAAGAUUUGAAAGCAAAACACUUUUCCAAUCCAGCACCCUUUGUUUGAAAAGAACACAGGGUCUGCAGUUGGAGUAGAAGUUGCCACCAGCAGCUCUGGGGAUGGUCUGAGGCUUGUAGUAAGUCUGUCCUAGGAAAGCUGGUGCCUCUGGCCAACCCUCCUGUGAUUAUCCACAUUGCUGUCAGGAACGUUUUUUCCCUCACACUGCACUGUGGAUCCCUCAGUGUCCUCUGGCUUCCUUCACUUCUGUCUGUAGCUUCCUUAUGUUCUCUAAUCUGUGAAAGGUCAGCAUUUAUUCCGAAUACCUCCUCCUUCUUGAGGGACAGGACAGGUUCACAGUUAUGGUUGUGGCUAGGUGUGUGAAGGUGGCUCUGUCCUCCUUUGGAUGUCCAUCAGACACUGACUUUAGCCCUGAGGAUUCUAAUAUAUCGUCCCCUGGAGGAAUUGCCCUUAACACUGUGGUUUGGGUUCUAUUGCUGUUCACACCACAUGGUAUGCUUUGAUUCCAAAAGAGCUAAGUGUCUUACAGUCUUAUUGGAAAUGUUUUGAAUUCUGCCAUCACACCGUUCUCCAUCCUGGGAGCCUGGACAUUGAGGGUGGGUGUCAGUGAUGACCCUGACCUGCUUCAGUGGCUGCUUGGGUCCUCUGGAUUGGCCUUGGGUUUCAGCCAGAUGCGGUGAGUGCAUUUGAGAGGACACUGUGCAGCAAGCAGCUGGACUGGUUCCGUGAUGGGAACCCACACUGAGAUCUGCCCACAGCUGACUGCACUCACAUCUCCAGGAUGGAGGGUGGGUCUUGCCCACUCUUGACAUUUGUGAACGAUCAUUUAAAUAGCACUGGAGAUUCCUGGUGCUUUUGCUCACUUAUUACUGGUCAAAGUGAAUAUUUAGACAUAUUUGGGUCUUUUACUGCCCAUGGUGGUGUGACUGCAGUGUUAAGUCCUCGCAUCACCACAUCCCCUUUUAGAGGGGUGGAAGGAGGCUGAAUUAUCUUCUAUUUAAAGCCUCCUCGGAUUUAGGUAGUUGAGUUAAAGCUAAGACACCAAAUAGUAACUUCUUACUCCCAAGAGUCAACAGGGACUAGAUGUCAAGACCCUUACCCGGUUUUCUGAAUCUUCAUGGUCCUUAACACCUGUGAAUUGAUCCCAAGAACACCUACACCACCCACCUGCCAGGGGAUACCUCGCAGGCUGCUUGGCAGAGCAGGGCAGGGUGGGGGGUGCUCCUUGGAACCCUGGAGAUUGUGGGAACAAUCAGGGCUGAACAGGGAAAGCCCUCCAUCCCAAGAACUAGAUGGCCCUAGGCCUUCCUCUGGUCUCCACCAACACCCACCUGAGCAUGUGUGGAGACCCAGUCCUAGACUCUGUGCCUUUCAAAUCUGGUCCUCAGUGUCCUUUGGGAAGUGUGUUGGGGCGCAUUUUUAGUGGAAGUGAGCCUGAAGCAUUCCACAAGUCAGUCACUGGCCUCGUAUGGCUCCUUCCUGCCCUCAGCUCCUGACUGCAGCCUCUAACACCCUGCAGACUAUAGCUGCCAGGGCACCUGCUGCCAGAUCCCUCCAUGGUUUCUCCUGUGCUCUGAUAAGCACAUGCAUCUCUGCUGGGGUUUCAGGAAACUAGGGCAGGACCAUAUCUUAGUCAAGCAUUGACCAUGACCAUCAGCAAAAUCUACUGGUUUUGUUCUCUUAGGUCACUCAGAAUGUCUUCUAAUGGAAGUAGACUGCUUUAAAAGGAGUUGGAAUCACGUCUUUGUGAAAUGCUUGUGAAGUCCUCAGGUGUAAGGUGCUAUUCAGUCCUUAUUUUGGAAUGCUUUUCAUUGUUCUCUUUUGUGAUUUUCUGUGACUUGGGAAAACCGCUUACUUAGGCGUGGUGUCACUUGAGCUGUGCAUAUAGGACUCCAGCUUCAACAUGCCUGACAUGCAGUUUUUAUCUUUAAUUUUUUCAAGCCAGGUGUUGAGCAGUUUUUUGGCCAAUGGUCUAAUUAAAAAUGACCCUUCCCUAUCAAGGGAUGCUUUUGUUGGUUUAAAGUGGGGGAAAAAGUCCAGCAUAUUUAUUUUUAAAUAUUCAUAUAGAAAAGGCCUUUCCCUCCGAGGGUCACUAGCUACAGAGGGAUAAUUCAUUAACAGUUUUGGUUCCUCCUUCAAAGCCAAAUACACAUAUGUGACUAAAAUUCUAAAGUAUGUAGUUUAGUAUUAAAUGGAAAUUUAAGUAAGUCCUGAGUUUGGUAGUGGAUUUUAAUGUAGUUCUUAAAGAUAUGAAAAUUCAUGUUUUAUAACUGAAGAGGCAAGUGAGUUUUUAUUUUUUAAAAAGUUUUAAGAGAAUAAUUGAAGUUUCUGUGCAGCAAAGUGGCUGAUGACUCAUUAAAUACAAGAAGAGAAUGUAGUACCUAAACCCAGACCUUUCUUACCUCUGGCAUACUUCAGAUUACUUGCCUGAUACCUAAUAUGUAUUGAGGGGUUUUAACCCUUAGUUUUAUCAAUUUUUCUAGUUUUAUUUUAUUUUUAUAAAAUAAUUGAAAAAGAACCAAAAAUGAAUUCAAAAGUCCCAUUGUGGAUCUUGCCCCUUCUUAAUUUUCCCCCACAAAACAUUUUAGAAGACAUUUUGAAUCAAAAUGUAUUAUAUCCCUUUAAAGUUUACUAUUUUCUAAGAAGUUGAGCAGCUAAAAGGCAUCAUUUCAGGUGGUACUCUAUGUUUUGUCCAUGGACUCGUUUAUACCUGUACAGUGGAUCUGUGUGACAGUGUCUUGUGCUUGCAAUAUAGAAACCAUGCAGUGCUGUUUUGUAAAUUGACAGUUCCUGUAUAAACUAUUAUUUAAAUACAUUGGCCUCUCUGUAUAAUUUUUCAUUUCCUACAUGGAUUGUAUAAUUAAUUAUAAAGUUAUAGUACCUGCUAAUUCUAAUUCUGAGGCUUCACGUCAUUGUCUUUAGUUUAAUACCAUUCUGUGUGUCUUGCAGAUGUCCAGUGCUUGCAUGAUGCUAGGUGGUACUGCCACUUUAAGCCUUAAUCUGAUAUUAAAAUUGUGAGUUCCAGAGUAUGCAAAAAUAUUAGGCAGAAUGAGUUUAAACUGUGCAGAUCAAGAUGUAUGUCAUAACUCAAUACGUCUUUUCUCUGAAGUUAAAAAGGGAAGCAUCUGGUAAUCCUCCUCUCCCAUACCUCCCCUCCAGGUCUGGCUUGGCUGUUGCCCUUGCUUGAUGAAAAUGGACAUACCAUUGUGCAUUUCUAUGGCAGUCAGGCAGAAAGACCUGUUCCGAAAGUCUAGAGACAUUUUCAGGGUUAUUUUUAAAUAAAUGUUUGAUAUUUUCCCCUCCAAUGUGGGAUUUGUUUAUCUCCAGCAGGAGAGUAUGAUUUAGGUGUAGGUCUUACUCACAAACCUGCUCAUGUUCUAAGCUUUCUUCAGGUAGUGCCACCUGUCAUUGCUUCUGCAUAUGAUUAAAAUGGAUUUUUGUUUUGUAAAAGCAUCUUCAAUUUAGAGAUAAGAUGGAGGGGACCCAGCUUUCUUUACAAUGUGGAUCUACCUCAGUUAAACAGUUGGGUGCUAUUUACUAAGUCUGUCAAAUUAAAUUGGAAAAAGUAACCAAACAGUGAGAUGUAACUCCACAUGAAACUUGAAAUCAUAAUUUCCGUUUAUUUAAUAAUAUUUUUAUUUAUUUUGUGCCUUUUAUGUUGAACCUUAACACAUUUUAAAAAUCAGUAUAGAAUUACACAUUUUUUAUUGCAGGUGGGGAGAAGAGCCCAAUUGGCCAUGGAAUUUGGUAGAUUCCCAACCAACUGCUGCAGAAUAUUGGAAUCCUAACUACUCUCUGUGGAAAGGAAAAAAAUUAUGUCCAAGAGCAAAUUUAAUAUUUUACAGACAAUAAUUAAUUCCAAAUCUUCUAUGCAUAUAAAUACAUAUGCAUAUACACACAUAUAUGUACAUACAUACAUAUAUAUAUGUAUGUAUGUGUGUGUGUGUAUAUAUAUAUAUAUAUAUAUCUCACUUCAUUUUCUGUGCCAGUGAAGGGGCGGCUGAAAAACAUUACAAGUACUUUUAGCAUUGCUAUCUUAGCCAUUCAUGCCCCCCUUCCUCUGGCUUAUUUUAUAAGAAUUUCUUUCCUAAGCAGCAGAUGGACUGUUGUCAGUUUCAUCUCUCCUGGCCUACCCAGUGGAGGUGCUUAAUGACCAUGGACAGAGAAAGGGCGAGCCUAUGUCUGCGGGUGGAGACAUCUGCCUUCUGCAGCAGCCCCAGGGUUUCUAGAAGUUAGAAAAGUUUUUGACGGGUAACAAAGUAAGACAGGAGAUUGAUAACUUUCCAUGCUUUUAUAUUUGGCAGUUUACAAUUCUAGACUUUUCCUACUGUGGCAAUCUUUUUUAACUUAAUUCUUUGGAGGUAACACAAUAUUUUGAAGUCUUAAGAAUUUGAUUUUAUACCAAUAAAAAUAAAAAGAUAGGGAUCUUUCCUAUAGUAUAUAGUUUUACUAUUUUAAGGAGAUCUCUGAAUUUUACAAGAGAACCAACAUUCCUUAGUGGCAAAACUUUGAAAGUUGAUUUGGGAGGCUUUUUGCUGCAGUAUCUAAAAAAAAAAAAAAAAAAAAAAAAAAAUUCUAGUUAAAUGUUUUUAAUUUUUUAACUUCCAUCAGGUUGAUACUUAAGCUAUAUUUUAUAAAGAAUAAAUCAUCCUUUAGUAUGCUGCAUAUAAAGAUCAGCGUUGUUGCACUUUCUCAGUAAUAAUAAAUGCCCUAUGAUUGGCUCGCCAGGACGCAUUUUGUUUUAACCUAACAAGAGUACUUGGGGGCAGGUAAUUAAAUUUAUAUAGGUACCUCAAGAAAAAGAACCUGCAUAUGCUGCAUUUUGUUUCUUUAGCUUUGACAUGUAGCAUUUUGUUUUGCUUCUAUUAUUUUGUUUAGAGAUAUGCUUUUUUGGACCCCAAUAGACUGUUGAAAGAAAAUAUAAAAUUACUCUUGUAGAGGUAAUAGUAUCCUUUAUUUUCUUUUAAAUUUACUGCAAUAUCUGGUUCACAGGUUGCCCUACCUUAAAAUACUUUACCCAAAUACACCUGAGGAAAAGGAUACUAUGUUUAUAAGCAGAUAUUAAUGUUCCUAAUCCUUUCUGCUCAUGCUGCUUUCUUGAUUCCCUUCUCCAUAUCACAAGAGGUUGGAUAUCUUAUUCUAAGCUCAAAAUUACAAAUCAUGGCAUUCUAAUUUUUCAGCGCAGACCUCACAAAAUCAUCGAGCGAGUAGCAUGACGCUAAAAGGUGCUGCUGACUGAAGCAGCCAAUGAGCCUGGCCUCUGAAGAGCCAGUCUUCACAUUUCCUUACUCCUCAGCCCUCACCCCAGACUGAGCAGGUGGGGAGUGGUCUGGAUGGAUGAGAAACUGGUAAAGAAAGCUAAACGCUGAGAUACUGAGCAUCUAUUGUGUUUAAGCUUAGCUGGGUCCUUUCAAGUUUGUUUUUACAGCUUACUAGGUUAAGUAGUUUGCACUAUUUUUGCAAUAAAUUCAUGGAAUACCUAACAGUUAUUGUUUUGUUUCUUACUGUGUGUAUAUAAACUAAUACUAAAGUUUGGCAUAGUGUUUUUUCACCUCCUUACAUAACCCCUAACAUGCACAGAAUGCUGUAAAUCUGAUAAAAUAUGAUGUGAAUGAUAUUUUAUAAAGUUAUUUUGUAUAGUGUCAAUUUUGUUUUGCCUCAUAGUAUGUCAGCAAAAAAUAAAAUAAAAUUCCUCGUAUUUACA